ACCCCCAAGAUAAAUAUGCGAACUCUUCGAACAGUUCGCGCAAAUUCGAUCAACCGCGUCAUCAAAUUGGGCUCUCACCCAACCAGCAAGCGCUCUCCACCCCCCCUCUUCUGGGCCAAGCACCAUCGAGGGCGUAACCACUCCCUAUCUCUUCACGCCCUCAUGCCAAGCCCCGCAAAACUUUGGAUGAACAAGUCUCAAAUCAAACCCUUUUUAACCAAGCACAAAAAUGAAUUCGAAAAUUGGUGGCGCAGAAUGCCAACUGAAACAACACUGCGUCAAGUGCUAAUGGCCACCUCCAUCAACCUAGCAAUUCAAGGAUGUCUAGGUUUUCUUAUACCUGGCUUCGUGAUCGGGCUUUGGGGUGCCGAAUUUAACAGCUACGGAAUCGAAGCAGACUUUAUGUGUCUGAUGAGCAUCAUCAUGUGCAUUUCUGCAUAUUUCGUCUGGACGACUCUCGAAAUGAGCAAGCAAGUUCAAGUAUUCGUGCUACAGUUCUUGACUGCCGUCGUCGCCGGCAUAGCCAGCUGGGACAUAAUCUCUUUGAGCUUCGGCUACGCCGCAGAUGGAACUCUAAUCUUCCAGUUUGUCAUCAACGUGGUAUACGCGUACAUACUGUACAGACAUGCCAACUUGAAAUCUAUGUCAGCUUCAAACUAA